GAGGCGUCGGGAGCGCGCGGCGAGCGGCAGCAGGACGGGAUCGAGCUUCAGUGAAAAUCCGAAUUCAUUCCGGACUCAGUGACUCAGUAUCUGAACCUCCUGCUCCUCCUCAGCGGGACCGAGCGGAGCGGAGGAGACUCCGCGUACAUUCCUGUUUGUUUGGACCGAGAGGAAGAGGAGGAGGUGGAGGAGGUGGAGGAGGAGGCUGUCAGCAUCAUUUCUCUACAUUUGCACGGACACAUCAGAGAGGAGACGUCUCUGGGAAGGAGGAGGAGGAGGAGGAGGUGCAGCGGGAGAUCCAGCUCCUGGAGGCUUCACACAGCCAGGACCACGCACGGAUAGAUUCUGAAAUAAUAAUAAUAAUAAUAAUAAUAAUUAUUAUUAUUAUUAUUUUAUAUUAGUGAGAAUAAACGGAGGCGGUGGAGUCCCGCCUGUGAGGAAGAGGAGGAAGAGGAGGAAGGACGAUGAGGGAGGAAGCGUCGGGACGUGGCCGCGUCUUGACGCUCCGCACAGACUGACCCGCAAUUUAUGCUUCUGCGUUAACUGACGCAGAGGCUACAGCGUUAACGCAGGAACCUUCAGAGCCUCCCCAGAAAUGUAGCUACGCGUCACGGCGACGCAGACCGACUCGAGCUGUGAUUGGUCCGCUCGGUAGGAGCGUGUUUACGGUUCAGUGUUUCCAGCCGCUUCUUCGUGUCCACGAUUUUAGAAUCGAUUGUUUUGGAUCAGUUAAGAAUCUGAAAGGUGAAGGAGCAGGUUCGGAGAAUUUGGCAAAAUUUCGGUGAAAGUUUCAGUCGCUGUUGUUGAAGUGAAGCAGAAAGUUUAAACAAAAAAGACACAGCGCCCCCUAGUGUUUGGGUGGAGUUGUUGUUACAGAGGAACGAGUAUAAAUGUCUUUAUGCAGUAAAGUAAAUUAGGCUAAAUGUAGCUACGGGUCAGAGCGACUCCGACCACAAGAGCUGUGAUUGGUCCGCGUCAUCGCCGCCAUCUUAGAGUUCGUCAUUUUUAGGAGGUUUGGAGAAACAGAUGUUCGUGUCCGACGAGUCGCGAAAUACGGUGAAAGUUUCAGUCGUUGUUGUUGAAAGUGAAGCAGGAAGUUAAAGAAAAAGACGCGGCGGCGCCUAGUGUUCGGGUGGAGUUGUUACAGAGAAAACAGUAGAAAUGUCUCGCACCGACGUAGAUUACGUCCGUGCGUAGGUCGCAUUACUAUAAAUCGGCUCUGAGCGAACAACCUGUGGUCGCUCCACAUCUCGACACCUGGAGUCUCAAAUCUCGCGGGAUCUGAAGCGGGCGAGACCAGAGGAGCCGCCUCUAUGAAGAUGCUGAUGUGUGACCGUGGGGUCCAGAUGCUCGUGACGACGGUGGGCGCGUUCGCCGCCUUCAGCCUCAUGACCAUCGCCGUGGGGACGGACUACUGGCUGUACUCCCGCGGGGUGUGUCGCGUGAAGAGCAGCGGAGACAACGACACGAGCCGAAAGAACGAGGAGGUGAUGACGCACUCCGGCCUCUGGAGAACCUGCUGUCUGGAAGGAACGUUCAGAGGCGUCUGUAAGAAGAUCGAUCACUUCCCAGAGGACGCAGACUAUGAAGCCGACGCCGCUGAAUACCUGCUCCGUGCAGUUCGAGCCUCCAGCAUCUUCCCCAUCAUGAGUGUGGGCCUGCUGUUCCUGGGGGGCCUGUGUGUGGCCGCCAGCGAGUUCUACCGCAGCAGACACAACGUCAUCCUCAGCGCCGGGAUUUUCUUCGUCUCCGCAGGCCUCAGUAACAUCAUUGGGAUCAUCGUGUACAUCUCGGCGAACUCUGGGGACCCGGGUCAGAGCGACAGUAAGAAGUCGUACUCGUACGGCUGGUCCUUCUACUUCGGGGCGCUGUCCUUCAUCAUGGCGGAGAUGGUGGGCGUCCUGGCCGUGCACAUGUUCAUAGAGAAGCACCGGAAGCUCCGGGCCAAGUCCCGCACCGAGCUCAUCAAGAAGUCGGCCUUCAGCCGCAUCCCGUCCUACCGCUACCGCUUCCGCCGCCGCUCCAGCGUCCGCUCGUCCGAGGCGCCCAGCCGCGACGCCUCCCCCCUGGGCAAGGGCGGCUACACGGGGCCCGCCGCCUCCGAGAUGCCCAUGUACACGCUGAACCCCAGGGAGGCCGGCAACGCCGGGUCCAAGGCCGGCGGCGGGGGGGGCGUCGGCCUGGGGGGGCUCCUCAACUCAGAGCGGGAGUUCCUCCAGAGCAGCACCCUCACCAAAGACUACAACAAGGACCCCAACCGCAGGACCACCCCGGUCUGAGAGCUGCCCCUGUACAUACACACCCACCAACCCGACGGACACCAGGACCAGGACCAGGACCAGGACCGGGACCAGGACCAGGACCAGGACCAGGACCAGGACCAGGACUGGGGAGGGUCUGAUAAACUGUGACUGUGAACUGUGAACUUUUAGCCUUUGAACUGUGAAUCCUGAGCCUGUGAGAGUUGGAGGGCGAGAGGUCGCUUUCAGACCAGAAGUUGUUCCCGACUCCACUGAUGGACCGGACCAGGUCCAGGUCCUGGUUUUAGUUCAGAGACAGAACCUUUAACCCUUCACAGGCUGCGUUUCCUCCCCCCCACAAAUUAACUGGUAAUGAAACACGUCUAAAAACAGCUCGACAUCUAAAGGUGUUGGUGGUUUCAACGUAAAAGCUUCUCUCCUGUGACCAGUUCAUGUUCAGUCUAAGAGAAUUAUGGGAUGUCACAUAAAGACCAGACUUCAUCUCUAAACUCCUUUCAGUGGAAACACGCACAAUUUAUCAAAGCUUCACAAGUAUUACUUUUAUUUUGAAAAACCGUAAUGGAAACGCAGCCAGUGAAAAACUGAACCUUAAAAACUAGAAAAUCCAGAUUAAUCCUCCUAUUAUUUAUCUCUGGAGUCAGUUUGAGCUCAUUCAGUGUUUAAUGUUGCUUCAUAUUUAACCACUUUUCCUAAUUUAAUGGAGACACUGGCCCCGACACAACACGUUAUUAUUCUUAACAGUUUUUCUUAUAAAGAACUGACUGUUUUAACCGUUUUUUUUUUUUCUGGAGGUUUAAAUUGACCCUGAGGAUGAACCAACGUUCAGGUAGUAGGAGGAUUAAUGAACCUAACGUCCCAUGAAGGGUUAAACUGACGCGGAGCAACUUCUCCUGAAAACGACCUCGUGUCUGAUUUAAAACGCUUUAUUUAUUCCCAGCGCGACGGAAACUGAGCCGCCCUCGUCUGAUCCCAGUCGCACCGACUCCAGAUCAGCCUGGAGGCUUUUAGACGGCGACAUCAGAUCCAUCGGUGCUUCCUUUCACGUCUUCUUCUUCAUUUCUGUUCCUUUCUCACCUGGAGAAGAAGAUCCAGAUCCAGAUCCAGAUCCAGAUCCGUGUUGUGUGUCGUCCAUCUCUCACCUCACUGGCAGCACUCACCCCUCAUCCUCCCCCGUAAAAACUAAACCUAGAUUUAGUUCCCGUCUUCCUCGGUCCUAGACUAGUUCCUGGAGACAGACCGCUGAGCUGUGAAUACAAAAAAAAAAAAAAAAAGACAUUUAAGGAAGAAGAGAUGGACGUUUGUUGUGUUUGCCCGCUACCUCCUGGUGGAUGAAACCACGUCCACCCGCCAGAGACACUGUCCACAGGUCAGAGACACUGUCCACAGGUCAGAGACACUGUCCACAGGUCAGAGACACGCGAGGAUCAAUUCACGCAGCCUCUCGGCCUCGUUUCCACCCGGAGACACAACCACGUUAAAAUCAUGAUAAUCUAUCACUGCCUGAACAAAGAACCGACUCACAAAGAGACGACAAAGACCCCGACGCACCAAACCUGCACAACGCGGCAUCCUCCACAACAACGCGACAACACGACAACCUAAACAACAACACAACAUCCUCCACAACAACGCGACAACACAACAACACGACAUCCUCUACAACAACACAACAACCUCCACAACAACACGACAACACAACAACC